AUGCGACGUGACGUACGCAUUCUGCUCGUAGGAGACGAGGGUGUCGGCAAGAGUACGCUGAUAACAUCGUUGAUAAAAGAAGUCUAUAUACCCAACGUACAGCACCUUGUUCCUGAAGUCACUAUUCCACCAGAGGUGACGCCCGAAAACGUAACGAUGCACAUCACCGAUAGUUCAGCGCGUCCAGAACAUCGUGAACAACUCGAAGCUGAAAUCCGCAAAGCCCACGUUAUUUGCAUUGUCUAUGCGAUUGAUGAUCCGAAUACGUUCAACCGUUUACCACUAUAUUGGCUUCCUUAUAUUCGCUCACUCGGCGUCAAUGUCCCUGUUGUGCUAGUGGGUAAUAAGAUCGACUUACGUGGAGAAGACGUGACCAACACCAGUCUUGAGGAUGAAGUGAUCCCUAUUAUGAAUGAAUUCAAGGAAGUGGAGACGUGCGUCGAGUGUUCUUCCAAACAAUUGCUCAAUGUAUCAGAAGUGUUUUACUUUGCCCAAAAAGCUGUGCUACAUCCUACCGCACCACUUUACGAUUCAAGAGAGCAUGUUCUCAAGCCCCAAUGUGUAGAGGCAUUAUCAAGGAUCUUCAAGCUCUGCGAUACCGACAAGGAUAAUGUGUUGAAUGACAGAGAAUUGAAUGAGUUUCAAAGGAAAUGCUUCAAUGCACCAUUACAGCAGCAUGAAUUGGAUGGGGUCAAGGAAGUGGUGCGAGAGCAUGAACCAGCUGGCGUCAAUGAUGUUGGAUUAACAGAAGUUGGAUUCGCAUUCUUGCAUUCACUUUUCAUUCAAAGAGGCCGCCUUGAAACGACAUGGACUGUAUUGCGAAAGUUUGGCUACGGUGAUGACUUGUCAUUACGAGAAGAUUUUCUUUUACCUCCUCUUGAGGUUCCACAAGAAUGUUCUGUUGAGCUUAGUCCCCAUGGUUAUCAAUUCUUUGCAGAGCUCUUCCAAGCGUUUGAUAAGGACAAGGAUGGUGCAUUAAACCGUACAGAAUUGGAAGCAUUAUUCAGCACAUCACCGGGAAAUCCAUGGGAGCAUACCGCCUUUCCACACACAACCAUCACUACCGAAAGUGGAUCAGUGACAUUACAGGGUUGGCUUGCACAAUGGAGUAUGACUACCUUAAUAGACUACAAGACGACAUUAAAAUACCUCGCUUAUCUCGGGUUUGAAGGCGACACGCGUACUGCUCUCAAGGUGACACGACCAAAGAAAAUGGAUCGCAAAAAGGGCAAGAUUCAACGCAACGUCUUUUUAUGUUACGUAUUUGGUGCAUCCGGUUCUGGAAAAACUUCAUUGCUCAAGGCCUUUGUGAACAAGCCAUUUUCAGAAAAGCAGCAGCCCACCGUUGAGCCUUUCAAUGUGGUGAAUUCAGUAGAGAUGAAAGGCAUUGAAAAGUAUCUUGUGAUGGAGGAAAUUGGAUCAAAUCGGGAAGACGAGAUUUUAUCAAGCAAGCAGCGGUUAGAUGCGUGCGAUCUUCUCUGUUUUGUGUAUGAUACAAGUGACGUCAAUUCCUUUGAAUAUGUUGCAUCAUUGCGGGAAAAGUACAAGGUGGAUCAUAUACCUACUGUAUUUGUAGCCACAAAAUGCGAGCUGGAUUUGGUGACUCAACGCUAUGAAGUGCAACCGGAUGUAUAUUGCCGUAACCUUGGCCUUGCAGUUCCAUUGAGCGUGUCCGUAAAGCAACAUCAAAUGGCAGAUUUGUAUCAUAUCCUCACUGGAGUUGCAAUGAAUCCAACGAUUGCCACACCUGGUUCUUUAAAAGACAAAACGGAAGAAGCUUGGCUGUCACGGCGUUAUGUUACAUUUUCAUUGGUGGCGGGUGCAGUGAUCUUGACCAGCUUAGCAGCAUACAAAUUUCUAAAGCAGCAUCCGGGUGCUCUGGGUAGUGGGGCGCAAAACAUGGCUACCGUAGCAGCUAAAAAACGCGAUUAUCUCUAA